AUGUCAAACACACACCUCGCAAACCGACAAGCCUUCUACCGACACCGAAUAAUCCCAAAUCAACUAAUCGACACGAACAACCGCUCGACAAGGACAUCACUCUUCAAUCAUUCCGUAUCCGCCCCAAUCGGCUUCGCGCCAAUCGGAAUCAACAAAAUUUACCACCCAGAUGGCGAAGUCGCAGUCUCGAAAGUUGCCAGCGAGCUCAACUUACCGUACUGCCUCUCAACAGCCGGCAGCACGUCGAUUGAAAAAGUCGCAUCAGCAAACGGGGAUACAGGCAUCCGGUUUUUCCAACUCUACAUGCCGCACGACGAUGAGCUAACUGUAUCACUUCUAACGCGGGCAUGGGACAACGGUUUCGAUACACUGAUUCUCACGACGGAUACGUGGCAGCUUGGAUGGAGACAUGAUGACGUUGCCUUGUCGAACUAUGCAUUUUACCGUGGAUUCGGGGCAGAUAUGGGACUUGAGGAUCCUGUUUUUCGUGAGAGGUGUGCUGCGGAGGGCAUUGAUCCUGAUGUUGAUGUUGUUGCAGCGUCGACUAAGUGGAUUGAUUCUAUUUGGCAUGGGCGGGCUUGGUCGUGGGAGAAGAUUCCUUGGUUGAUGGAGAUUUGGAAGGGUAUUAGUGGAGGACGGCCGUUUGUGAUCAAGGGGAUUCAGUCGGUUGGUGAUGCGAGGAGGUGUGUUGAGCUUGGUGUUGAGGGGAUUAUUGUGAGUAAUCAUGCUGGGAGGCAGGUUGAUGGUGCUAUUGCUAGUCUCGAUGCGCUUGAGAGGAUUUCUGAGGCUGUUGGGGAUAAGAUUCACGUUAUGUUUGAUUCUGGGGUGAGGGGCGCUAGUGAUGUAGUUAAGGCAUUGGCACUGGGGGCACGCUUUGUGUUUAUCGGACGGCUUUGGGUUUGGGGGUUGAGUAUUCAAGGGGAGGACGGGGUGAGGCAUGUGAUGAAGUCGUUACUGGCGGAUUUGGAUAUAUUGAUGGGGAUUGCUGGGUUCAACAGGGUCGAAGAUUUCACUCGGGACAUGCUUGAGUCUGAUCCAAAGAAUUAUAUGCUUAUACCACAGAAGACUUUAUGA